CCGACAAGGCGGCCGUCCUCUAGCUCUCGUCCUCGCGUCCCGGUCCGCGAGCCUCCAGGGCCGCGCCGGGGCAUGGAAGAGGAGAAGAUGGACGAGAAUGAAUGGGGGUAUCACGGGGAAGGCAACAAGAGCCUGGUGGUGGCCCACGCGCGGCGCUGUGUUGUGCUGCGUUUUCUGAAGUUUCCUCCAAAUAGGAAGAAGACAUCAGAAGAGAUAUUUCAGCACCUGCAGGACAUAGUGGACUUUGGCAAAAAUGUCAUGAAAGAGUUUUUGGGGGAGAACUGUGUGCACUGUGGGGAAGUUGUUCAGCUGCCUUUAGAGUUUGUGAAACAACUAUGUUUAAAGAUACAGUCUGAAAGACCAGAGUCUCGUUGUGACAAGGAGCUGGACACGCUCAGUGGUUAUGCUAUGUGCCUUCCCAACCUCACCAGACUUCAGACCUACCGCAUUACAGAGCACCGGCCGAUUCUGUGUGUAGAGAUUAAGCCAAAAUGUGGGUUCAUUCCUUUCUCGAGCAGUGUUACCCAUGAGAUGAAGCACAAGGUGUGUCGCUACUGCAUGCACCAGCACCUCAAGGUAGCAACUGGAAAGUGGAAGCAGAUAAGUAAAUACUGUCCCCUCGAUCUCUUCUCAGGAAACAAACAGAGAAUGCACUUUGCCUUGAAGAGUUUGCUGCAGGAAUCCCAGAACAACCUGAAGAUAUUUAAGAAUGGUGAGCUGAUUUAUGGCUGUGGUGAUGCCCGAAGCCCGGUGGCUGACUGGAGGGAGCUUGCACACCACCUGAAGCCCUUCUUCUUCCCUUCCAAUGGCCUGGCUGGUGGGGCCCACUGCACACGGGCCGUGAUCCGGGAGCUGGUGCACGUCAUCACAUGGGUGCUGCUGAGCAGCUCGGACAAGGGCCACAUGGGGCCCUUGAGGCCAGGGCCCUGGGCCCCACACGUCUGCGAAGCCAGCCCUUUCAGCCGGAGCCUCCACUGCCAAGGAAAAAACACCCCAGAGCGGUCGGGGUUACCGAAGGGCUGUCUUCUAUACAAAACCCUCCAGGUGCAGAUGUUGGACCUGCUGGACAUCGAAGGCCUCUACCCUCUGUAUAACCGGGUUGAACGGUACCUAGAAGAGUUUCCCGAGGAGAGAAAAAUGUUACAAAUAGAUGGGCCUUAUGAUGAAGCAUUUUACCAGAAGCUACUUGAUUUGUCCAUGGAGGAUGAUGGGACAGUGGCCUUCGCAUUAACAAAGGUGCAGCAGUAUCGCGUGGCUAUGACUGCCAAGGACUGUUCCAUCAUGAUUGCGCUCUCCCCGUGUCUGCAGGAUGCCAGCUCUGAUCAGAGGCUCGUCGUCCCCUCCUCGAGGUCCCGGCUGGCCUUCUCUGUGUCCGUACUGGACCUGGACCUCAAGCCGUAUGAGAGCAUCCCUCACCAGUACAAACUAGACGCCAAGAUAGUCAACUAUUACUCAAAGACUGUGCAUGCCAAAGAUGACACUGUCAUGUCGACUCGGUUCAAGGAGAGUGAAGAUUGCACAUUAGUUCUCCAUAAGGUCUAACUUUCCCCCUGCAAUGUCUUUGAAAUUUGAAUGUGAAAGUUGAAUGAUUGAUAGAACUAUUUCCUGUUGUACUGGAUAACUUCUCGGUGUGAAUGUUUUGCUUUUAACCCUUGUUGAGGUGAGACUGCCUCUGGAGACAUGAAAUUGAAGAGCACUAGAAACAUCUUCCAGGACAAGGAAUGUAGGAUGUGAGUGCCACAUCCCAGGAAGCCACUCAUGUUCUUAAAAUGAAGUGUCCGUUAAGCCCUGGGAAGCAUCCUGGGUAGUUCUUCCUUCCAACCAGGGCUCGUGUCUAACUCUCUAAUGCGAAAAGCCUUAUCAGAUGACACAAGGUUUGGAUCUCCUACUACCAGACUCCUGAUAUAGAAAACUUGAAUUGUCAUGAGCAUCUUAUAGUUUGGACUUUUGACAAAACAUGGAUACUACUGGAACUUUCUCAGCUGUUACUGGUCACCUUUUCAGUGCGAGCCACAAAUCAACACAGGCUUUGGGUGGGUCCCUGCUGCUGAGUGACCAGGGGUUAGUUCGGAUGUCGAUUCUGAGUGGUGUAGACUCAGGGUCCCUUUGGAGGUGCCGAAGCCCAUGGCUCCUGAAAGGUCAGUGGGGAGCAUGAGACUCAGGUCAGGAUGGACACCACUCACAUGAGCAUUGACUUUAGUUUUGCUUUAGGGUCUUAUUUUUAACUCUAGGGGGAGAUGAGGCAUUCUUUCCUACCUGACAUUGCUGCUGUGGAAGCUGGAAGCAGAGCUGUAACUCGCGGAGUUGCUGGGGUGGGUGUGCAGACAGCCUAGUUGUCCUAACGCUUAGUCUCCCUGGUGGUCAAGGACUAAGGGUUCCCUACCUCCCUGCCACGUUCCUCCCUGGGCUUGCCUUGAGGUGCAGCAGGCGUGUGGGCCCGGGGCCUUGCUGUUCCUGCUGGGGUGCAGGAGGCCCUGCUUCUGGAAGAUGAACAGCUCCCAGCUUGCACGAGAGGGUUCUUGUUGGGGUCACCAAAAGUGUACCUGGCUGCUAUGAAAUCAUUGGGAAUUUUGGCUUCAUUUUUUUUUCUUCCCUAUGGUAGGUUGUACAGACUAUUUAUAUCAUCAUUUUGAGGGACUAAUGAAGGCUUAUUGUAACAUAUUAUAUUAAUGAAACCAUGAAAUUGUAUGAAAAUGCUACAUGAAAAAUGAAAAAUAUUUUGCUGAUUGUAAAUUUUUGUGGGAAAUUUUGUGA